CGCGUUUGCUUUUUAGAACUUGUGAUCUAGUUGUGAAUAUGUGAUACGUGUCAUCGUGGCUAGCAUUCACAAGGAUAGUCACAAUGCCCGAAGAAGCAGUCAAAACAGGUAAAAAACCAGCGCCACCAAGCUUUCUAGAGAGGUAUGUUCUUGGUAAUCUGAUGCACUACUGCAACGGUAGCAAUGAGAAACCCGAUAAGCCUCUGCUGGUCACCAUCAGCGUUUCUCAUUUCUGCGAACGGGCCAGAUGGGCUCUAGAUCUUUCUCCAUUGUGGGAUGACUACAUGGAAGAUUCGCACGCUCCAGGAAUGCAUAUGCCGCAAACAAAUCGUCUAACCGACUUCCAGAAUACUUCUACUCCAAUGAUGAAAUUGCCGGGUACAAACCAAUUGAUCGAGGGUUCCGAUGAAAUACUUAAAUAUCUCGCCGAGACUUACCCCGAGUGUGGGUUUUUAUACCCACAUGGCCACGAGAUUGAGAUUUUGGAAUGGGAACACUUGUUCGCGGAUACGAUAGGGGUUCUGGAUAGAAAAUGGGCCUAUACCCAUCUCCUGUGUAUGGCCGAUGAAGACGAUCAAAAGCGCCUCACUGAAAUGAACGGGCCCUUUAUGGCUCAAAGUGGUGGGACUCUCGAGAGGGUACUGUUUGGCAUGGCUUGGCCCGUGAUCGGGAAGCAGAUCAAAAGGCAGUUCAAGUUGAGCAAGGAGAAGGAGGCCGAACUGGUGCAACAACUCGACGAAAUUAUGGACAAAGUGAACAGGGCUCUCGCUGAUGGCCGCGAGUACCUCGUUGGCGAUCGUUUCACAGCCGCAGAUCUGACCUUCGCAUCGCUGGCCUAUCCAUUCCUUGCCCCACCCGAGAUGGGAGAUGUGAGCCCCUGUCCAACAAUUGGAGGAAAAAGGUACCUCGAAGAUCUGUUACAAGGUCCUCUGAAAUUGUACAUGGAAAGGGUAGAGGGAUGGCAGGCAACUCCUGCUGGCAAGCUAGCGCUGAGGGUGUAUCGUAACCACAGGUUUAGUGUGAAGGGCGAUGUACGUGCAGGGGAGAUGGUCAGACUCAGUCGCAAUUCGGAAUGGUGAGCACAAGACUAAGAGUGCUAAAGGCGGGUUCCUUGAGCUACGAGUAAAAUUUAUGAUAUUUGGUUCCGGAUGCAGAAUACUUCAUAUAGGGCAGGUAAAAUUUCCAGAAACACUAACAAACAAACUCUGUUUGACAAUCCCCUUUUCGAAGUCGGUUUCUGCAGCGAUGGGCUAGUUUGUCUUGAUCCAUUCGCGCCAUGGUAGACAGUCAUAACAAUCAGGGACCUCAAACUCUCACUUUAUAGACGGGAAUAAAUCAUUUAGAAUAACAUUGAAAACGACUACAGAACAGCCAAGGUAGACAGUCAUAUCAAUCAGGGACCUCAAACUCUCACUUUGUAGACGGGAAUAAAUCAUUUAGAA